UGCUGGGUCAUAUGGAAGUUGCAUGUUAAGUUGUGUGACACUGCCAAACUGAUUUCCACCAGCAGUAAAUGAGUGAUCCAGUUUCUCCACUUUGUCACCCUCGUUUGAUGUUGUCAUUGUUUCUUAGCUUAGCUAUUCUGUUAAGUAGGUAGUGGUAUCUCAUUGUGGUUUUAAAUUGUAUUUCCCUAAUAGCUAAUGAGGUUGAAUGUCUUUGCAUGUUUUUAUUUGUCAUCUGUAUAUACUCUUCAGUGAAAUUCAGUGAAAUGCCUCUUCAUGUCUUUUGCCCAUUUUCUUUUCUUUUCUUCUUUCUUUCUUUUUUUCUUUUGACACUCUUACUCUUUUCACUUAGAAUAAUGCCCACCAGCUCCAUCCAUGUUGGUAUGAAGGACCCUCCUUUUUUUUUUUUUUUACAGCUGCUUGAUAUUUCAGGGUGUGUAUGUACCACACCUUUCUUUAUCCAGUCUACUGUUGAUGGGCAUUUAGACUGAUUCCAUAUGUAUGCUGUUGUGAAUAGUGCUGUGGUGAACACAUGUGUGCAUGUGUCUUUAUGGUAGAAUGAUUUAUAUUCCCUUGGGUAUAUACCCAAUAAUGGGAUGGCUGGAUCGAAUGUUAAUACUGCUUUGAGUUCUUUGAGACAUCACUAAAUUGCUUUUCUUCUGUAGAUGUCUGUUAGGUCAUUUAGUUAUACAUUCCCACUAGUAUUGUAUAAGUGUCUAGUAGUGUAUAAGUGUCUCCCUUCUCCACAACCUUUGUUAUUUUUUGACAUUUUAAUAAUAGCCGUUAAAUGCCUGGGGUGAGAUGGUAUCUCAUUGUGAUUUUGAUUUGCGUCUCUAUUACUGAUGUUGAGCAUUUUCUCAUAUGCUUGUUUGCCACAUAUAUGACUUCUUUUGAAAAGAAUCUAUUCAUGUGCUUUGCCUACUUUUUAAUGGAGUUAUUUUUUGCUUAUCGAUUUAAGUUCCUUAUAGAUUCUAGGUACUAGGCCUUUGUUGGAUGCAUAGUUUGAGACUAUCUUCUCCCAGUUUGUAGGUUGUCUGUUUACUCUGUUGGUAAUGUCUUUCGCUGUGCAGAAGUUCCUUAGUUUUUUUAGGUCUCAUUUGUCAAUUUUGGGGUUUUUGUUGUUGUUGAUGUUGCUAUUGCUUUUGGCAUCUUUGUCAUAAAAUCUUUGCCAGGGCCUAUAUCCACAAUGAUUUUCCUAAAUUAUCUUCCAGGAUUUUUACAGUUUGAGGUCUUACAUUUAAGGCUCUAAACCACCUGGAGUUGAUUUUUGUAUAUGGUGUAAGGAAGGGGCCAAGUUUCAAUCUUCUGCAUAUGGCUAGCCAGUUAUCCCAGCACCAUUUAUUGAAUAUGGGAUUCUUUCUUCAUUGCUUGUUGUCAACUUUGUUGAAGAUCAGAUGGUUGUAACUGUGCAGCAUUAUUUCUGGGCUCUCUAAACUCUUCCACUGGUCUAUGUGUCUGUUAUUAUACCAGUACCUUGCUAUUUUGGGUACUGUAGCAUUGCAGUAUAGUUUGAAGUUGGAUAACAUGAUGCCUUCAGCUUUGUUCUUUUUGUUUAGUAUUGCCUUGACUAUUUCAGCUCCUUUUUGGUUUCAUGUGAAUUAAAGAAACUUUUUUUCUAAUUCUGUGAAGAAUGUCAUUUUUAGUUGGAUAGGAAUAGCAUUGAAUCUGUAAAUUGUUUCAGGCAAUAUGGCCAUUUUAAUAAUAUUGAUUCUUUCUAUCCAUGAGCAUGGAAUGUUUUUCCAUUUGUUUGUGUCAUUUCUGAUUUAUUUGAGCAGUGUUUUGUAAUUCUCCUUGUAGAGAUCUUUCACCUCCUUGGUUAGCCAUAUUCCCAGCAAUUUUACUCUUUUUGUAGUUAUCGUGAAUGGGAUUGCAUCCUUAAUUGGCUCUCAGCUCGGAUGUUGUUGUACUAUAGGAAUACUAUGAAUUUUUGAGCAUUGAUUUUGUAUUUCAAAACUUUGCUGAAGUUGUUUAUCAGAUCAGGUAACUUUUGGGCAAGAAUAUGGGGUUUUCUCAGAAUAGAAUCAUAUCAUCUGCAAAGGGAUAGUUUGGGUUCCUCUUUUCCUGUUUGGAUGCCCUUUAUGUAUUUCUCUCGCCUGAUUGCUCUAGACAGGACUUCCAAUACUAUGUUGAAUAGGAGUGGUGAGAGAGCAUCAUUUUCUUGUCCCAUUUAGUACGAAGUUGGCUGUAGGCUUAUUAUAGAUGGCUCUUAUUAUUUUGAAAUAUGGUUCUUCAAUGCCUAGUUUGUUGAGGGUUUUUAACAUGAAGGGAUAUUGACUUUUAUUGAAAGCCUUUUUUGUAUCUAUUGAGAUGAUCAUGUGGAUUUUGUUUAUGGGAUGAAUCACAGUUAUUGAUUUGCAUAUGUUGAACCGAUUUGCAUCACAAGGAUAAAGCCUACCUGAUCAUGAUGAAUUAGCUUUUUGAUGUGCUGCUGGAUUCAGUUUGUGAGUAUUUUGUUGAAGAUUUUUGUGUCAGUAUUUUCAAGGAUAUUGGCCUGAAGUUUUCUUUUUUGUGUUUUUGCCAGGUUUUGGUAUCAGGAUGAUGCUGGCCUCAUAGAAUGAGUUAGAGAGGAGUCUUUCGUCCACAAUUUGUUGGAAUGAUUUCAGUAGGAAUGGUACCAGGAAUGGUGGAAUUUGACUGUGAAUCCAUCCGGUCCUGAACUUUUUUCUGCCCUGUGUCUAGGUCGUUUGGGAAACGCCUUGGAGAGUCAAGAAUAAAAUUGCAGGUCAAACAAUGGAUGACUGGAAAAGUCGGCUUGUAAUCAAGAGCAUGCUUCCCCAUUUCGCCAUGGUGGGAAAUCGUCAGGAGCCCAGAAAGCUCCAGGAAUCGGGAAAGAAGCCCUCGUGGAUGGAUGAAGAAGGAAAUUUAUCUUUUCUCUACAAGAGCAGCCCAGGAAGAAAGCAUCAGGGAACUGUUAAGAGGAGACAAGAAGAAGACCACUUCCAGUUUCCAGACAUGGCUGAUGGGGGCUACCCUAAUAAAAUUAAGAGGCCUUGCCUUGAAGAUGUCACCCUUGCUAUGGGCCCGGGAACCCACCCUGAUACUGCCUGUGCAGAGCUGCAGGUCCCUCCAUUGACAAUGAACCCUAGCCCUGCGGCUGUGGGAGUGGGGGGCCAGUCGUUACUGCUCGAGAGUAACCCUAUGAACGGCAGCAUCAUGGGCUCACCAUUUGUGGUACCACCAACUACAGAAGUGGGAUUGAAAGGGCCAACUGUUCCUUACUAUGAGAAAACCAGCAAUGUGCCAGCUGUAGACCAGGAGCUUCAGGAGCUGCUAGAUGAGCUCACCAAAAUUCAAGACCCUUCUCUGAAUGAGCUAGAUCUUGAGAAGAUACUGGGGACCAAGCCAGAAGAGCCACUGGUUUUAGAUCAUCCCCAGGCAACCCUGAACACAACUCCCAAGCCUUCGGUUCAGAUGUCGCACUUGGAGAGCCUGGCUUCCAGCAAGGACUUUGCUUCUAGCUGCAGCCAAGUUACUGGUGUGUCACUUCAGAUCCCACCCUCCUGCACGGGGAUCAGCUAUUCCAUUCCUUCCACCAGUAAGCAGAUGGUGUCACAGAGUUCUUCAAUGGCACAGUCCAAGAGCCAGGUCCAGGCCAUGCUCCCUGUCACUCUGCCCCCAUUACCAGUGCCUCAGUGGCAUCACGCCCACCAGCUGAAGGCAUUGGCAGCCAGCAAGCAGGGGUCUGCUACAAAGCAGCAAGGGCCCACCCCCAGUUGGUCUGGUCUGCCUCCUCCAGGACUGUCUCCACCUUACCGCCCGGUGCCAUCACCACACCCACCACCACCACGGCUGCCAGCACCCCCACCCCCAUUCAGCCCCCAGAGCCUCAUGGUGUCCUGCAUGUCAUCCAACACUUUGUCGGGCAGCACUCUUCAAGGCUCUCCCAAUGCCUUACUGUCAAGCAUGACGUCCAGCAGCAAUGCCGCCUUGGGGCCAGCCAUGCCCUAUGCUCCUGAGAAGCUCCCCAGCCCUGCUCUCACUCAACAGCCACAGUUUGGCCCACAGAGCUCCCUUCUUGCCAACCUGGUGUCCUCUACCAUCAAAACCCCCCAAGGACACCUGAUGUCCGCUCUGCCCACCAGCAACCCUGGGCCGUCCCCACCUUAUCGCCCGGAGAAGCUCUCCAGCCCAGGCUUGCCACAGCAGUCCUUCACCCCACAGUGCUCCCUGAUCCGAAGCCUCACUCCCACCAGUAAUCUUCUAAGCCAGCAGCAGCAGCAGCAGCAGCAGCAGCAGCAGCAGCAGCAGCAGCAGCAGCAGCAAGCAAAUGCGAUCUUUAAGCCCAUGACCAGCAGCUCAUCCAAAACCCUGAGCAUGAUCAUGCAGCAGGGGAUGGCAAGCUCCAGCCCAGGAGCCACAGAGCCAUUUACCUUUGGCAACACCAAGCCCUUGUCCCAUUUUAUUUCUGAGCUGGCUCCCCAGAAGAUGCCCUCCAUGCCUUCCACCUCUAGGCAGCCUUCCCUGCUCCACUACCUGCAGCAGCCGACGCCAACGCAGGCAUCUUCAGCCACUGCCUCCUCUACGGCCACCGCCACCUUGCAGCUGCAGCAGCGGCAGCCUGACCAUUCUUCAUUCCUUCUGCAGCAGAUGAUGCAGCAACCCCAGCGUUUUCAGCGAUCAGUGGCCUCGGAUCCCAUGCCUGCUCUGCCUAGACAGGGCUGUUGCCAUCUGUUUGCAUGGACUUCUGCAGCUAGCUCGGUGAAGCCCCAGCAUCAACACGGGAACUCUUUCACUAGCAGGCAAGAUCCUCAGCCUGGAGACGUGUCACCAGCUAUCAUUCAAGAGAAACAGAGAUCAGGUCUUAUGGCAAUGACCCCUGAACGGCAGAAUGCAUAUAUCUCACAACAGAUGAGUCAAUUUCAAGCCGUCCAAGAACAAGUCACCUCCAAGUGUAGCCGGACCAAGGCAAGCCCCCCAUCUAGCCAGCACAUGAUGCCACCCAGAACUGGGCUCCUUCAGAACAAUCUGAGUCCAGAAAUGAUCCCACUUACCAGGCACCAGAGCUGCGAGGGCAUGGGAGUGAUCUCACCAAAUCCAGGGAAGCAGCAAGGAAUUUCUGCCUCCAGCCCCCAGUUGCCCAUGCCCUCACACUCGGGCCAGACUCCCCUAGGCAGUCUUGGCUCUGUCUGCCUGCGUACACAGAGUCCCAAGGCCACCCCACCAGAAGUGCCCCUGCCUGGGUUCUGUCUCAGCCCCCUGGGCACCCAGUCCUUGAGUCCCCACCAGCUCAGACAGCCUCGUGUGCCAAGAAUGCCCACUGUGUUCAACAAUUGUGUAUGGGUCACAGCGGCAGCAGCUGUGACCACAGCAGUUUCGGGAAAACCACCCCUGAGCCGAGUGGAUAAUAGCGUUCAGCAGCAUUUUGACAGCAACUCCAUCUUUGCCAAGGCGCCUGUGAGAGUGCCCCUGGUAGCCCCAGCGUUCCCAGCGCAGCAGGCAGUAGUGCCUCCCAAUCAGAUGACCUCUGAAGGCAGGCCUGGCCAGAAGGUGAGUGCUGCUCUGGCCAACAACCUCCGCUUCAGCCUGCGGGGCAGCCAGAGCCUCAGGCAGAGCCCCGUGCGGGGCCCAGUGCCUGUAGCAAACACCACCAAGUUCCUCCAGCAGGGUAUGGCCAGCUUUAGUCCCCUGAGCCCCAUACAGGGCAUCGAGCCACCAAGCCGUGUGGCUGCUGCUGCCACCGCUGCUGCUGCUUCUGCCGUUGCCGCCAGCCAGUUCCCAGGUCCAUUCAACAGAACGGGUACUCCCCCUGAGCUGCCAUCUGCUGACUUUUUGCCCCAGCCCCAACCCCCACUAAAUGCUCUGAUUUUGCCACGUGACUGCAAUGAGGUAGAUUUCAUUGAUGCUCUCUUGAAAGGCUCCAGUGUGAGCACAGAUGAAGACUGGGUAUGCAAUUUGAGGCUGAUUGAUGACAUUUUGGAACAGCAUGCUGCUGCCCAGAUGCCACAGCCCAGAAUGCUUGAUGAGUCACCCAAGAUUCUGGGGCACUUCGCGUCGACAUCCCCAUGUUGACAUCUCCCUAGAGUGGUGUCGAUCCAUACCUGCAGUUGUCCCCCGUUACAGUUUGAGUGGUGUCAUCAGCCCAUGCCCAUCCCUCUCUACCUGUGACGAAAUGGAAAGCUGGUGAUUUUUCAAGCUAUGUGUACAUAUUUGAAAAUUUUGUAAAUGGUUUUCCUAAACAUUAAUGACAGAAGUAUUUAUACUUCAUUUGUGACUUUGUAAAUAAAGCGGCGGCUUUUGUUUCAGUAGAGUUGUGUUUACUAUGCAUCGUUUUGUGUUUAUUAUACAUUGUUACAAAUAUGCAGACUGUGUUGUUUGCUCCAGUGAUACCUUGUUAAGCUAGGUGGCUGAGUUGCUUAUGGUUUUGAUGCAAUGAGCAGUGUGGAUGUGACCAAGAGUUGUUGUGCAAGUUGACAAAUGCCAAAUAGAAAACCACUUGGCCAUUUAUUUCUGUGUUCACUGAAAACCCUAUUGCCUUGUGUGAUUCUUAAUCUCUUUUGCAAACCUUUCAGUCUCCGCUAGCUCUUUCCUAAUGAGCAUUUACAGCAGAAGCCGUUUUAUCGUUAAGUGCCCCACAGAGAUACUUUACCAGGAGGCUGAGAGAGUUCUCCAGAUCUAGGACAGGCGCAGAGAGAGCAUGUGAGCCAAGCACUGUCUUAGCAAUCUACCUUGAGGAGCUAGAGUAUCCUCCUCCCUUGACCAUUCAGACCGAAAGAAAAAGCCCAGCUUGUGUGCACCCUCGCGGGGUGAAGGUGAGCUGUUCCUGGUUCAAAGCCUUUCAGUAUUUGUUUUGAUGUAAGGCUCUGUGGUUUGGGGGGGAACAUCUGUAAACAUUAAUAGUUGAUUUGGGGUUUGUCUUUGAUGGUUUCUAUCUGCAAUUAUAGUCAUGUAUAUUUAAGUGUCUGUUAUAGAAAACCCACACCCACUGUCCUAUAAACUUUUCUCAGUGUCCAGACUGCGUAAUCACAUUUUAAUUGCCACCUCGUAUUUCACUCUACAUUUGAAAUCUGGCAUCUGUUUCGAGCCAGUGUGUUUUUUCUUCAUUCUGUAAUAAACAGCCAGGAGAAAAAUG